UUUCCCUAACAAGGCCCUACUACUCUCUAUAUAAGGCGCAUUUACACACACACACUCCACAUCACAGGACUCUCUCUUUCUAGAUGAUGGGGCGACUCCAACACAUGUUUCCGGCGUUCUUCCUCCUGCUGCUGCUGCUUCUUGCCUCUGGGAUGGGGCCGAUUGCGGCGGAGGCGAGGACGUGCGAGGCGCAGAGCCACAGGUUCAAGGGGCCGUGUGUUAGGGCCAGCAACUGCGCCAACGUGUGCAGGACCGAGGGCUUCUACGGCGGCAGGUGCCGCGGCUUCCGCCGCAGAUGCUUCUGCACCAGGCCCUGCUGAUCAAAUGACCCCCUCAAAUCCACUGCAGUAAUAUGAUCGAUGAUGAUAAAGCAUGUCUCUGUGUUUUUACUCUUUUUUUUUUUUUACUUUUUUUUUAUUUUUUUGGUGAGAAGUAUGUUGAUGGGCUAAUGGAAAGUUAUGUGUGUUGUCUCUUCCUGUUAUCGAGUGGAAUAGUAAUAAAUCCUCAGCUGAUGUUAUAUGAUCACUCAGUUUGUAUCA